AAACGACUGUUAGGUUUGGUUUGGUUUAGAUAUAUAUUUUUAAAUAUGUGAUUUUAAUUUUUAUAUGCAUUUUUUUUUUUACUUUUCAAAAUCAGAGCUUUGACUUUAAAUCGCAUAACACUACAUUUCCCAUGACAUCAUGUCAGGACUUCCGUGUUCUCAUUUGAAUCUGUCAAGAAGGUGCAUGCAGUAAACUUCCGUAAGGUUAUUUAACUUUUGGCAUAACAAAGUAGUGAUGUCUGAACUAAAACCUUGUAAGGUGUGUAAUUUUACACGACAACAAUCAUACGGUUUGGUUGUUCCUUCUCUGGACCAACUAAAGAUUAAAGGAAGCGAAUCUCUUGGGUUUAGCCCGAGUACCUCCGUCUCUGUGGUAUUAGAAGAUGAUGGGACAAUAGUUGAAGAUGAGGCCUAUUUCUUGUGCUUACCUACAAACACAAAGUUUAUGCUCUUGCAUGAAAAAGAGACGUGGGCCCCACUACGAAGAAUUGAUGGCGGCACAGCUUGGAUGACCAGGGAGUCUGUGAAUCUUGAGAGCGAUGCUGUGGACAGCUCAAUCAGUGGGAUCGAGCCCUGGUUCUACCUGGCCCAGCAACUCAAGGAGGACCUGGCCAGCAUCAUACUGAUGUCGGAGGCAGAUUUACAAACCCUAGUGGACGUGCCUUGUUUAGAGCUGGCCUCAGCCCUGGGCUUCCCGGAGAGGAAGGCGCUGAAUCUCCAGGACACUCUACAGAGAGUGUUGGACCGCAGGGAGGAAGAGCGACAGUCUAAGGAACUGCUCCAGCUCUACCUCAAGGCAGUGGAGAGAGAAGACAGUCAAGAGGCAGAGCCUAGAAAUGACGGGUCAGGUGAUGUGGAUGUGACAGACGGGCUGGCGGUGGAUUCGGCAUCAGGAUUCAUGUCCAGAACGCUGAUGGUUCUCAAGGGUAAAACGAGCCCUGAGACCAGGCUCUCCAAUGAGGAGCUGCAGAUGGUGGUGAACAAAGGUGCACGGGCCAUGGAGCAAGUCCUGGGCUGGGACUCUGAGAGGACAUUGGCGCUGCUGCAGGCAUGCGAGGAGCAACUGAACAGGCGGCUCCAGCAGGUUCAGGCCAUGCAGUACCUCCGUAGCCACACACAACAACAGGCCAGCACGCAGCCCUCAGACAAGAGCCAAGCCACACAAGCCAAGCGCAGCAAGUAAGGAGUAGGGGGAAGUUGCCCCUACACGCUGAUCUUGGGUGAAUUUAGCGUUUUCCCACUUAUGGUUAGGAUUAGGGAAGGGGAAACUGAUCCUAAAUCUGUACCUAGGGAAACUUCACCCCGGAGCCAGCUAGUAAUACCCCUCUGUCUCUGACCACAGAACACACACUAUCUGCCUUAAGACUGAGACGAUAAGUCACUUUGGUAUCGAUAUACGCCGCCCUCCGUAAGUAUUUGGACGGUAAAGCAUUUUUUCUUGAAAUCGAACAAUGACCAUAAGGUUAAAGUGCACACUGUGAGCAUUAACUUGAGGGUGUUUAUCUAUAUCGGGUGAACAAUGUAGAAAUUCUGUCACUUUUUGUACAUGGUCCCCCCCAUUUUAGAGGACCAAAAGUAUUGGGACAAAUUCACUUAUUUGUCCGUUAAAGUAGUAAAAUGUUAAGUAUUUGGUCCCAUAUUUGUGGCACACAAUGACUACAAAUAUGUUGGAUAAUCCUGACUGAAUUGUGAAUAAUGAUGAGUGGGAAAGUUAGAUGCACAAAUAUCAUGCCCCCAAGGCAUACUAACCUCUCACCAUUAUAAUAACAGGGGAGGUUAGCAUUUUUGGGGGGGGGUAUGAUAUUUGUGCAUCUAACUUUCUCACUCAUCAUUGUUCACGUUUCAUUCAGGAUUAUCCAUAAUCAUGGUAGCAUCCACAUUAAUGUAAGUGUUAGAAAUUCAAGAAACAAAUUCCGUUUUUAUUUACAAUAAAAAUGACUCAAGUGACACAAUACAUUAUUUACCAUUCAUUUCUAAUGGGCACAAAAUAAUCUGAAACCAAACCAAAAAGCAAAUGCAUCCAACAAGUUUGUAGAGGCAAUAAUUACAUCAAGAGUUUGAGUGCUAGGAAUAUGGGACCGAAUACUAAACUUUUGACUACUUUAAUAAACAUAUAAGUGAAUGUGUCGUAAUACUUUUGGUCCCCUAAAAUGGGGGGACUAUGUACAAAAAGUGGUGUAAUUUCUAAACGGUUCACCCGAUAUGGACGAAAAUAACCUCAAAUUAAAUCUGUCAGUCUGCACUUUACCUCAUAGUCAUUGCUUGAUUUCAAGUCCAUACUUUGAGUAUAGAGCCAAAAUAAGAAUAAAUGCUUCACUGUCCCAAUAAUUACGGAGGGCACUGUAUAUCGCCUCCUGGUAUCAAUAAAUGCUCAUAAACGCUGACAUUAUUUGCCAAAUGGCUUUGGUGCCCCUUUUGUGAGUAAAUCACAUGAUGGCUAUCUCUUUAGGUACAUUAAGUAGAAGUGUUAUUAGCAUAGGUAGAUGUUAAUGACCAGAACAAUUAGGGAUGGACCAAUUCUGCGACCCUUUUGAUAUGUUGUCUUGGUCUACUCCUCUGGUACUUUACCUACUCAGGAGAAAAGUGUGACACAAUACCUGAUUCUUGCCCCUGGAAGCUGUAACAAAAUGAUGGUUGAUGUUAACUUAAAUUGUAAGCAAAUAUCUUGGACAAUCCAUUUGUGGUCAAAGAUUGGUAACCCAGUGAUCUGUUGACAUUAUAUUUAAUCAUAUUUUCCUGAAGACUUAAAAUGAGAGCUAAUCGUUCCAUUCCUGUCAAUUUUGUAUACGGAAUAUUGAUAUGUCUCCUAAAACCUUGCCAAAUACUUAGCCUAUUUCUUCUGCCUAUUUUGCUUUCCCUUUUAGUUAAUUACUUGUUUUGACUGCUCUGCAUAUUAUUAACCAAUAUACAUAAAAUAUAACUUAGAAUUCAUUCUUUUUGAGAAACAACCAGAAUUGGUUUAUCCAUCUGUACUUAAACCCUGUAUAUUUAGGAAUGUUAAUGUAAGAAAGGAUAUCAGAUUUGAUAUGUAAUUGUGAUGUAAGCGUGCAUCCGUGUAGUGUGGGCCCAUGUGAGCUAUCUGGUUGUAUUGACAGGACAUCCUUGUUAAUAGGACAGACUUAAAGGGCUGUAAGAUCACAUUUGAAACCAGUUGUUUACAACAAGGACAUGGGGGCAGCAAGGAGGCACAUGUCAUUACAAUGAGAUGUCAACAGAUUUAUAUAUACAGAAAAGUGUAUUCAAGGCAUUUAUGGUGAAACAUGUUAUCUUCACCUGUAUUACGAUGUGAUUAUUGUACUCCACGUGAAUAUGAAUUGAAAUGCUCUUAAGUCCGUUACGCACUCGUUAUUGCUUCCAAUGUUCCUUGAAAGAAAAAGGUGUGUUCAGUUUGAAAUGGUGCAUCUUGGGAGCCCUCUGUAUGAAAUGAAUGAACAUGUACGUACUGUACAUAUAUUUUAUCAUUGAGCCACAGAGUUGUGUAAUCAAAGUUUUACAUUCUGAUUCAUGAGGCUUUUUUUUAUGGAACUGUUUAAAAUGGAACUGACGUGGCAAGCGGAGUGUGUUAAGUAUGACAGCUUUUCUACAAUAAAGCGCACAAUCCUGA